CUGCUGUUCCACUUGAAUGAGAGAUGCAAAGAGAGAUACACAGUGAGAAGUUACAUGACUGAAAAUCUACAAUGAAUUUUGGUGGUUUUCUGAGGCUACAUGGGAAUGGUGAAUGAAAAGCUCCAGGAGUGUACCUGUGGUAUGAUAUGUGCAAAGAUUCUACCUGCUUUUUGACCAUGAAGGAGACAGACCUGGAGGCUGUUGCAACAGCGGUCCAAAGGGUUGCUGGGAUGCUUCAGCGCCCAGACCAGCUGGACAAAGUGGAGCAGUAUCGCAGAAGGGAGGCUCGGAAGAAGGCUUCUGUGGAGGCCAGGCUAAAGGCAGCAAUCCAGUCACAGCUAGAUGGGGUACGCACAGGCCUAAGCCAGCUCCACAAUGCACUGAAUGAUGUCAAGGAUAUCCAGCAGUCUCUGGCUGAUGUCAGCAAGGACUGGAGACAGAGCAUCAACACCAUUGAGAGUCUCAAGGACGUAAAAGAUGCAGUGGUACAGCACAGCCAGUUGGCUGCUGCUGUGGAAAACCUCAAGAAUAUAUUCUCUGUGCCUGAGAUUGUGAGGGAGACCCAAGAUCUCAUCGAACAAGGGGCUCUCCUGCAGGCCCACCGGAAGCUAAUGGACUUGGAGUGCUCUCGGGACGGGCUAAUGUGUGAGCAGUACCGCAUGGACAGUGGGAAUAAACGGGACAUGACCCUCAUUCAUGGCUACUUUGGUAACACACAGGGGCUCUCUGAUGAGCUGGCUAAGCAGCUGUGGAUGGUGCUGCAAAGAUCACUGGUCACUGUCCGCCGUGAUCCCACCUUGCUGGUCUCCGUGGUCAGGAUCAUUGAAAGGGAAGAAAAAAUUGACAGGCGGAUACUUGAUCGAAAAAAACAAACUGGGUUUGUUCCUCCUGGGAGGCCCAAAAACUGGAAGGAAAAAAUGUUUGCCAUCUUGGACAGAACUGUGACAACUAGAAUUGAAGGCACACAGGCAGACACCAGAGAGUCUGACAAGAUGUGGCUUGUGCGCCACCUGGAGAUCAUCAGGAAGUAUGUCCUGGAUGAUCUCAUCAUUGCCAAGAACCUGAUGGUCCAGUGCUUCCCUCCCCACUAUGAGAUUUUUAAGAACCUCCUGAGCAUGUACCACCAGGCCUUGAGCACUCGGAUGCAGGACCUGGCGUCAGAGGACCUUGAGGCCAAUGAGAUUGUGAGCCUCUUGACAUGGGUCCUAAAUACCUAUACCAGUACAGAGAUGAUGGGGAAUGUGGAGCUGGCCCCAGAAGUGGAAGUUAGUGCCCUGGAGCCUCUACUCUCUUCAAGUGUGGUCUCUGAGUUGCUUGAUACAUACAUGUCAACACUCACGUCCAACAUCAUUGCCUGGCUUCGAAAGGCACUGGAAACAGACAAGAAAGACUGGAGCAAAGAGACAGAGCCAGAAGCAGACCAGGAUGGCUACUAUCAGACUACACUUCCUGCCAUUGUGUUCCAGAUGUUUGAACAGAAUCUCCAAGUUGCUGCUCAAAUAAGUGAAGAUUUGAAAACAAAGGUGCUGGUUUUGUGUCUUCAGCAAAUGAAUUCUUUCCUAAGCAGAUACAAAGAUGAAGCCCAGCUUUACAAAGAAGAGCACCUGAGGAACCGGCAGCACCCACACUGUUAUGUGCAGUACAUGAUUGCCAUCAUCAACAACUGCCAGACCUUCAAAGAAUCCAUCGUCAGUCUGAAAAGGAAGUACCUGAAAACUGAAGCAGAGGAGGGCCCGUGUCUGAGUCAGCCAAGCAUGGAUGGGAUUCUAGAUGCCAUUGCUAAGGAAGGCUGCAGUAGUCUGCUAGAGGAAGUCUUCCUGGAUCUAGAGCAACAUCUGAAUGAACUGAUGACAAAGAAGUGGCUGUUAGGGUCAAACGCUGUGGACAUCAUCUGUGUCACUGUAGAAGACUAUUUCAAUGACUUUGCCAAAAUUAAAAAGCCAUAUAAAAAGAGGAUGACAGCUGAGGCACACAGGCGUGUGGUGGUAGAAUACCUGCGGGCUGUCAUGCAGAAGCGUAUCUCCUUUCGAAGUGCUGAAGAACGCAAGGAGGGUGCUGAGAAGAUGGUCAGAGAGGCUGAACAGCUCCGCUUCCUGUUCCGGAAGCUGGCAUCUGGAUUUGAUGAAGAUGCGGAUGGACACUGUGAUACAAUUGUUGCAGUGGCAGAGGUUAUUAAGCUCACAGACCCUUCUCUGCUUUACCUAGAAGUCUCAACUCUGGUCAGCAAAUAUCCAGACAUCAGAGACGACCACAUUGGUGCAUUGUUGGCAGUGCGAGGAGAUGCCAGCCGGGACAUGAAACAGACUAUCAUGGAAACGCUGGAGCAGGGCCCCAUGCAAGCAAACCCCAACUAUGUACCCAUCUUCAAGGAGAUUGUUGUGCCGAGUCUAAAUGUGGCAAAACUCCUUAAGUAGCCCUGUCCUCCACUGCCUCAUGUGUCUUCACUGUGGGGCUUCAUGUUGCCACCCUAAGAAGCAAAUUUAUUAAAACAAAAGUCCUUCUCUGGGUGCUCCAUAUAAUGUCAGUUUCACGUGCCUAUCUUCUGUGUUGUCAUACUGUUCUCUACUAUAAAACCCUCUUGGUCACUUAUGUCAUUGUGAAAAGAUGUGUCAUGAACAUCACUUGUCCUUUCCUGCUGAGGUCUUGCCCUGCUUAGGUAACACACUUUGAACAUCUGGCACUUGAUUAAAGGGCAGGAAAGCAAGAGAGCUUCUCAUUCUUAGUUGUUCUGACUGGUUGUGAUACUGCCAUGUCCAGAAGCUACGGUCAUCAGAUCUCAGCUGACUGUGGAUAGUCCUGAGCGGUCUCUGGGAUCAAGGUCUACCUUGGCCUUUCUGCUUUUCUGGCUGUCUCUAGACCAGUUGCUCAGUCCUCUUGGCAGAGGAAAAACAAAACAAAAACCUCACCUGCUGAACCAGUGAGCCCCACCCAGGUGAGCACGACCUCAUAUGGGCUGAGUGCAAUCUGGGUCAGUUAUACAAAGAGGAUGAGAAUUGUCGUAAGUAAAAAUUUUGGGUCAAAGUAUAUAUGAAAACGAGUAUUUAAAAUAUGUGUUAGGAUAGCUGGGCAGUGGUGGUGCAUGCCUUUAAUCCCAGCACUUGGGAGGCAGAGGUAGGAGGAUCUCUAUGAGUUCAAGGCCAGCCUGGUCUACAAGAACUAGUUUUAUGUCAUGCUCCAAAGCUACAGAGAAACCCUGUCUCGAAAAACAAAAAAAUAAACAAACAAACAAAAAAGAUCUAUAUUGCAUGCUUAUUUGUGAUCCAGAGUCCCUGCACUUCUCUCCCUAGUUUAGCCAGCCAGUGUUGGCCCCAGUGGUGGCAUUAUUUUGCAUAUUAACUUUAAGCUAAUUAAUAAGAUUAUAUUCAGAAUAAAUAAUGGACCCCAUGUCUUGUGGACAUGGUCCACAGAAGGUGAUCUGCUUACUUGUUACCUGAGGGAGAGAUAGUACCUGGGUUCCCUUGUCCACAGCUCUCCAUUUACAUAGAUGUGGAAAGCCUGGUAGGGCCUGUCUAUCUGCUGAUAGACAGCCUUAUACCACAUGGUCACCUAAUACUAUAUUUUCUUUCUACUCUUGAUGGUAGUGUUAAUAUUCUGCUUUUAUUUCAUUCUUACAAGGUAUCAAAAAUUCACAAGUAACCUUUUUUCUAUGUGGAACUAAGUAAAAAUUCCUCUGGAUUUCCUAGAGCGUCUGGCUGGUAUGUGUUGAUACAGGGGCUGCUCAACCAUGUGUUCAAUGUGAAUGAGAACUGGGGAGUGCUCAUUAAAUGUGCACUGAGAAGUAUUGAUCAAUAGCAGUGACCCUUGUAGUGACAGAUUUCUCGCUGCAGGCUGCUGCUGCUGAGUGUCUGGGUAGGCGUUAAGAUGACCACGGAAUGCCUAUGUGGUUAAGCCCAUUUGUCUCUCUGGCCCUGGAGGUCAACAGAGAACAGGAAAUCCUGUUCUUGAGCAGUGGGUAUUAGGAUCAUGGAGACAGGCUAGGGAGCUAGAAGUCAAGGGGUGAUAGCACGCUAUGUCCCAGUGGGUAGACAGUGUCUGUCAUGAUACCAGGGGGAGGUGGGACCUUAUUAGAGAACAGCUAUGUACAGGAUUGGAUAGGCUGUUCCAGUGAGUGGAUUGUGGCUACGUAUACGAAUGUUUAUAAAGUCUGCUUCCUGAACAAGUUGUAGGGCUGCCAUCUGCCAGACAGGGAAGUGUUUUUGAGAGAGAACACUCACCAGGUAUUAGUUUCAUCCUCAAUGAGCUGUUACCCUCUGAAAGGAUAUCUUCCAAAUUAGCAAAGUCCCUUGAUUGUUGGCUGUCACACUACGAUCAAGGCAACUCUUACAAACCAUUUAAAUGGGGGCUUGCUUACAGUUUCAGAGGUUUGGCCCAUUAUGACAGGAAGCGUAGCAGUAUGCAGUCAGGUGCUCUCAGUAGCUGAAGCUAUAUCCUAAUCUGUAGUCAGAGAGAGAGACUCUGGGCUUGCCAAAAGUCCACCCCUACCCCAUGAGACACUUCCUCCAACAAUGCCACACCUCCUAAUCCUUUCAAAUAGUUGUACUCCCUGAUGACUAACAAUUCAAAUAUAUGAGCCUAUGUAGGCCAUUCUUAUUCAAACCACCACAUUUAUUUAAUUUUUUUUUUUAUUUAUCCAGAAUGAGUAGAUGUCCCAGGUCAUGAUGGGUCACCAGUGAAAUGGAGAAGCAGCUACCAGCUAUCCUCCUUCCCUCUUAUCUGUUGAUACACAGUUCAUUUGCUGGGUGAGGGUCCUCUAAAGAAGAAAAGGGUAGGUAGGCGUCCUUGGCACUUGCGUGCAAGCUGCCGGAACCAGGCCCCCUCAGCAGGCCUUUAAACUAGAGUGCAGGAAAAGCUGAACAAGCAGAGCUACCUUGGCUCACUUCCUUUCAUACUUCAAUGGAAUGAAUUGUGACCCCUAAAAAGAAAUGUUAAGGUCUUAACCUUAGAACCUUGAAUCAGACUUGGGUUGAAAGUAGAAUCAUUGCAAGUGUGGUGUGUAUCAUCAAGGUUUUAAUGACGUCGCAUGAGAAUAGUGUGAGUUCUUGAGUGGCAAUGCCAGCAGCCCUUAAAGCCAAGACUUUCCUGACCCCUGGCCUUCAGAUGUCUGCCUCUACAGCAUGAAACAGACUUUAUGAGUUACCCAAUCUGUGCUCUUUGCUAGUUUGCCCAGUAUAUCAUAUAUUACUUAACAGUUAAGGCUCCUCUGGUAUAUAGCCAAUAUCUGGGGAUUCUGUAUGCAAUUUUUUAAAAUAAUGUUUUUAAAUUAAAAUAAAGAUGUGUUGUAGAA